AUGUAUCCGAGCUUGUCAUUCACUGAAGUGAUUCUUGUUUUUUCUCUAUCUUUCUAUUUCAGCAAACGUGAUACCCACUUGGAACCACUUCGGCAGUCGUGGCAACUUACUCCAGCUGGUAAAAUGUGCUAUGUAAGUAAACCUUGGAUUAUUCGAUUUUGGACAUGGGCUGAACCAGGUCCUAUGACAUCAGAAUUUCUAUGUGAACAUGGUUAUUUUCGACCAGAGCUAUGGGAAUUACGCAAUGCACUGACUUUAUCUAUCCCAGAAAAUAUUUGGUCUAAUCUUCAUAAUAUGUUUGGAGGUCAUGAAAUUAUUCGAGAAUUGAUUCCUUGUACUGACUGUUGUGAUGCUAUAACCAAAAGGCAGAAAUAUGAACUUUCAGAAGUGAUGAGGGUUUGCUCAUCUACAUCCCCGUCAACCACGUCUUAUGCUAUUAGUAAAAAAUGGUUGGAUGUAUGGCUACAGUUUGUCAAAGGGAAGGCUUGGGAUCCCCCAGGUCCUAUUGAUAACUCAGAUAUCUUAUCAUGUAAUUCAUCAAUUUAUCGUUGUCGUAAUCAUUCUUCAUCAUUUUCAUCUACUCCACUGGGUAAUUAUGAAUGUUUAUCAGCAGAAGUUUGGAAUGUGUUAUUUAGUAUAUACGGUGGAGGUCCAACUGUAUCUGUAUGCGGAACUCCCUAUCUAUCAGUGAAUACUAUCGAUGAAAGUUUAAUGGAUUCCUCUGGUCAAAGUUCUUCAGAACAAUUAUCACAGCAAAGUUCAUCGAAGAAUUCUUCUCCUGAGCCUCAGUUGCCUAUUCAGAAAAGUGAGAAAGAAUUCCCCAUACAGACGAGUAAUGGUGUUGUUAUCAAUGGGAAUGUCUCUAAUGGUUUAGAUUGGUCAGAAAACACAUCAAACUUAAAUCAAUGGCAAUUCAUAGAUAACGCCGAUUGGACAACAAAUCCAUCAAUUAAUCAUCAUCAUCCAGUCUUAACCAAUGGUAAUGCUGAUUGUCAUCAUCUUGAAAUCUCUGAUCGUGGAGAUGGUAGCAGUGAGCCGCCGAUUGAACAACAACAUUCUAUGCAUAAAAGCAAUUCCCCUGAAGUUGAACAAGUCAAUGGAAUUUAUCCUGUCAAUACACCAGAAAUAUUAACUAACUAUCAAAUAAUUCCUAACGGCGGGAACUCUGUGCCUACCACUACUACUACGACUACUGAUAAAACGGAACAAUACAAAAUUAUCACCUCUUCUGGAGAUUUUGGUGAUUAUGAUCCAACACAAUUAUUGAUUCAUAAGAAUAUAUCUAAAAAGUCAAAUAUAGUCAUCAAAUCGAUUAAACCUGGGUCGAAUAAACGUCGUCGGUUAACUCCUACAAAAGCAUAACUAAUAUAAACCCACAUAUAUACAUACCUAAUUUCUAUUGAAAUUUAAUUAUUUUAUUUUAUUGUCAUUGUUGUUGUUGUGGAUAACGCUACUGUGAUUUUGCUUUUUUUUGCUUUUGACUUUCCUUGGGUGAAAAGGAAAAAGUCGAUUGCAGUGCUCUCUCUGACAUCUUUUUACAAUGCAGUGUAGAGUAUUCCCCUCAAUGGAUAACUUAUUUGUGUUAACAUAUAACUUUUAAUGUGUAUUUACCUCUCUUGUAUUUAUUUAUUUAUGUUUAUUUCUACUGACAUUGUACUUUCAAAUGACUCAACACAGUCAGUCAGUCAGCUGUUGUUGAAACUUGACGCGUUUUUAUUUAUUUAUUAAAAGAAACAUUUUGUAUAGGUUACUACUUCAUUACAACAGGUAUCAUCAUCCUCGGCUGACUGGAUACUGCUAUAACCACUAAUAAUAAUAAUAAUAAUAUCCGGAUCUGAUGAUCAUAAAUCCCUUCAUUUCAUGUAUCAUUUUUACUCCCCUCCCGGGCCUCCGCUGCACAUUGUUCAUCCCACUUCCCCACCCCACCCCCGCAAAAGAAUGCGAGUAAUCCUCCUCUUUGUUUUCUCUCUCCUUCAUUUUAUGAGAAACGUUUAGUGUUCAAUUGAUGUAAUCCCUAUUCUCAUUAUUGGUUUUAUUCCAGGGUGUUGCUUUCUCUGUAGACGAAAUGCUGUUAUCGUUUCUGAGACUACUAAGAUAUAAAUAAUACCGCUACUCUUACUGCUACUGAAAAUAGAAAUAAGUAGUAAGUGUUUUUAUUCCGUUUUUUUUUUAAAUUAUCAUUGUUAUCUCCUGACGAAAAUGGCAAAUGCACUUUCAUCAUACGGAGACAAGAUGUUUCACAUUGUUAUGUAUGUGUGUGUGUAUGUGUAUAAAUUUAAAAGUAUAUCCAUGUUGUAUAUGUAUUUAAAGUUAAGUUAAUAUUCUAUUAUUA